UGCUGCAACAUAGAUUAGAUAGAAUGAAUGCAACGGGCGUAAAGAAGACUUCCUGUUAAUGCAAACAUCGCAGCAGCAACUGCCUGACACAUCUGGACUUGGAAAAAGGGGGGGGGGAGGCCUGGCUGUAGUGUUAGCGAGCUGCUGAGGGGAAUGGACAGCAUCUAAAUGCCAACCUGCAAGACGGUGAGUGUGGCGGACUGCGUCUUUGGCAUGGACUGCUGAUCGUAGUGUGAUUGUAAUGUCGACGCGUCGGUUCCCUUUCAGUGCUGUCGACAAGCUGGAGAAACAUAUCCAAGAGAUGGACGACGGCAGCUACAUCGAGUUUGAUGUGCCGGAGUUCAGUAACACGGUUCUGACCCAACUCAACGAGCUGCGGCUUCAAGGAAAGCUCUGUGACAUCAUUGUUCAUAUUCAGGGUCAGCCGUUUCGAGCUCACAAGGCCGUCCUGGCGGCCAGUUCACCCUACUUUCGUGACCACUCGGCCCUCAACACCAUGAGUGGCCUUUCCAUUUCAGUCAUUAAAAGCCCCGAGGUUUUUGAGCAGCUCCUUGCGUUCUGCUACACGGGUCACAUGUCUCUCCAGCUCAAGGAUAUUAUUAGUUUUCUCACAGCGGCCAGCUUUUUGCAGAUGCAGGCAAUCAUCGACAAAUGCACCCAAAUCCUGGAGAGCAUCCAUUCCAAGAUCAGCCUCCCAGUUAGUGCCGGUAGUCCAGAUAAGGAAAGCUCACAGAUCAGUCGCAAUGGUGUCAAUGACAGCAACCUGUUCAUAAACCCUACCCAGAUCUCCCCCCCUUAUUACCCCCGACACAGCCAGGGGGCCAGCGAAGCUCGGUCGGAGCAGGCAGGUAAAGGCCCGGGACGCGUGCGGCAGCAAGAAGAGGGGCAAUCGGAUCGCGGCAGUAGUGACGGCGUGUCAGAGCACGACGCAGCCAUGGAGGGAGACGCCGAACAAGUAGAACUAAUCGGCAAAGAUGGGCAAGUCACAGACGUGCAUAUAAAAGUGGAGAAAAACGACAGGCCGUCGUACUCUGAUAGUUCCUCGGCUGGCGACGAUGGAUACCACACAGAGUUUGUGGAUGGAGAACAGAUUGUCGCUGUUACUGUGGGUUCCUACGGUCCCGUAAUCCAGCCUGCCACCUAUUCUUACUCAGGGCUGUCCUCCUCCUGCUUUGUCAACCUCAGUAACUCCAGUCCUUCUCGCUCCAUCCUUAGCAGCUUCAGAGGCGGGAGAGCCAGAUCAAAGCGCCCAGUGGCUAUCCCCGCAGGAGUUCUAAGUCAAAUGAAACCCAACUCGGAUGAUGCUGAAUCCGCCGUCGGGUCUGCAGGGUUGGAAAACGAUGUGCGAGAGCGCAGCCUUCGGAGCCAGUGGUACCCUUACAACGAAAGACUCAUUUGCAUCUACUGUGGAAAGACCUUCAAUCAGAAAGGGAGUCUUGAUCGCCACAUGCGUCUGCAUAUGGGAAUUACCCCCUUUGUUUGUAAAUUCUGUGGCAAGAAAUACACCAGGAAAGACCAGCUGGAGUACCACAUCCGUGGCCACACAGACAACAAGCCCUUCCACUGUCAGAUCUGCGGUAAAUGCUUCCCAUUUCAGGGCACCCUUAACCAACACCUGCGGAAGAAGCACAUGGGAGCAUCGGAGGUUAGCAAUCAUCUGGACUCCCCAGAGAGAACCGAGGAUAGCUUAGGUCAAAAGGAUCACGGGGAUGCGCCGGAGGGGAUGGCGUAUGAGGCGCAGUAUGCAGAAGAGGCACCAGCCAAUGAUAUUGACGUGAGUUCCAAAUGCAGUCCGGAGGAGGCUCAAGCAUCCAGAUGUGAUUUUUAAGGUCCUGCUUCAGGUUCAGGAAGCUUUAAGAAAUGAUUAGUUAAACUCAGCUUAAAGGACUCAAUUUUUUUCUGGAAUCCCUCUGCUACAGACCUUUCUUGAUACAAGCGUUUCUGUCAGUUUUUUUUUGUAAAAUCCAUGCGGAGAAUGAGUGAAAGAAAGUGGAUGCUUUAUAAUAGAAAUUGUUUCAAGCAAAGGGAGUCACAACGUACUAUUUUUGCGGUGGUCCCAAUAAUCACGACCUCCAGUUGAUUGCUCUUUUUAUCUUUCCAUGUUUUUUUAAGAAAA